AUGAAUAGAGGUUCAGGACGCUGGCAAGCAUCAUGUUUGGGGAGGUACAGGGUGCCACUGGGGUUUUCCCUGCACAAGCGUUCACAGGGACCCUAUGUCCCUGCUCCUUCCCUUUAUAAGUGGCAGCAGGGACCUCAAGCCUUUACUCCCUCGUGCCGCUCCUGCCAGUGCUCAGCCUUCAGGAACUCUCGCACUCUCUCGUUCGCUCCUUCGAAGGACAUGCUUUGCUUGGCGAUGCUAUCGUUGUGCGCCGUCGGGUGGGCGGCCGCCGCGCCCCACGAAGAGGAUCUGCGAACCAGCGUCGUCUUCAACCAGCUGGCGAUCGCCCAGCUGCUCGACAACGUCAGCAACAUCUCUCGUGGUGACGCCGCAGUGACGACGCAGCUGGCGCAGUUAUCCCGCAGCCACACAGCGCAGACGCAGCAGCUGAGUGAAGGCCUCGCUCGAGUGACAUCCAGUGUCGACAUCCUCUCUCAGGCUCUGACGUCACACUUGCAGCAGGAUGAUGUCAUCAACCGAGAGAUCCGCAGUUGCAUAAACAUCAGCGAAGAUUUGCAAACAAGGGACAGCCUCAACGAGAACCAAAUCCGGGAACACCAAGAAGCGAGCGCCAAGUUGGAAGCAAAGCGUAGGCAGAAUGAGGAGAGAAUCCGCCAGGCAGGGACCACCAAGCAACAGUUGCAAGAUCAGCUCCUCCAACUGCAGACGGAGGAGCUGCAACUGAAAAAUGAGGAAGUGCAGGCCAAGACAGAGAACCUUGAAGCCAAGUCCGCACUCCAGAAGGCAGAAGGAGAGAAAGCCCAACUGAACAACGAGAUCAGUCUGCUUACGCAAGAACUCCACCUUGCCAAGGAACAGAACAAACAAAUUGAAACGCAGAUUUCUUCCGCUAGACAAAAGGUUACACAGUCCACCAGAACUAAGAACGAAUUGACACAGGGUAAAGAUACAAAAGCAGCUAUGAAAAGCUCCUUAUCCCAAAAUCUAAAGGAAGAAGAGACUCUAAUCAAACGGCUCUCUGAUGAGAAUAGUCGUCUCGAAGAGGACAUUGAACGCACCAGAGGAACAGUCGCGAAUCUCACGAGGGCGAAGGCAGAGUUGGAAGAAAAGCUGAACGCACUGAACAUUCAGAAAGAAGAGUUAAAGAAGGGAAUACAGCGUGCUGGGGAAUCGGAGAAGUCGGUACAGGCUUCUAUCACGAGAGUAGGCCAGGAAAUUCAGAAAAUUGAAGAUGAGAUCGGUGACGUAGCAUCAAAUUUCCAGGAUUGCUUUUGCAGUGGUAAGAAGAACCUGAACCGCCUCUGUCAAGCUGCAUCCCUGCCAAGAACCGGGAUUCCCGAGUCCUCCGUCACCCGGUGUCGCCGCCGUGUUCGAGGAGCCUCAGCAGCAGCCUGGGUCGGCGAGGUCGACCUUGCUUAUCUUGAGCGCGAGCUUCCCUCUCGCUUCUUCUUGAUAUUCGGAGAUGGGAAAUGCUUUGAGGGAAGACAUGAAAAAUACAAGAAAAAAGUAGCUCAAUUUAGUCAAAUAGAAAACAAAGUUAUAAGAGAAAAUUACCGCAGCAACCUCAAGCCUUCACUCCCGCGCUCCGUCAGGAACUUCAGGAACUCUCGCACUCUCUCGUUCGCUCCUUCGAAGGACAUGCUGGGAUUGGCGCUGUUGUCGUUGUGCGCCGUCGGGUGGGCGGCCGCCGCGCCCCACGACGAGGAUCUGCGCGCCAGCGUCGUCUUCAACCAGCUGGCGAUCGCCCAGCUGCUCGACAACGUCAGCAACAUCUCUCGUGGUGACGCCGCAGUGACGACGCAGCUGGCGCAGUUAUCCCGCAGCCACACAGCGCAGACGCAGCAGCUGAGUGAAGGCCUCGUUCAAGUGACAUCCAGCCUUGAAAUCCUCUCCCAGGCUCUGACGUCACACAUGCAGCAGGAUGACGUCAUCAACCGAGAAUUCCGUAUUUGUACAAACAUCAGCGAAGCUUUGCAAACAAGGACCGACCUCAACGAGAACUUAAUCCGGGAACAGCAAGAAGCAAGCGCCCAGCUGGAAGCAAAGCGCAAGCAGAUGGAGGAGAGAAUCCGCCAGGCAGGGACCACCAAGCAACAGUUGCAAGAUCAGCUCCUCCAACUGCAGACGGAGGAGCUGCAACUGAAAAAUGAGGAAGUGCAGGCCAAGACAGAGAACCUUGAAGCCAAGUCCGCACUCCAGAAGGCAGAAGGAGAGAAAGCCCAACUGAACAACGAGAUCAGUCUGCUUACGCAAGAACUCCACCUUGCCAAGGAACAGAACAAACAAAUUGAAACGCAGAUUCCUCCCAUUAGACUAAAGGUUACACAGUCCACCAGAACUAAGAACGAAUUGACACAGGGUAAAGAUACAAAAGCAGCUAUGAAAAGCUCCUUAUCCCAAAAUCUAAAGGAAGAAGAGACUCUAAUCAAACGACACUCUGAUGAGAAUAGUCGUCUCGAAGAGGACAUUGAACGCACCAGAGGAACAGUCGCGAAUCUCACGAGGGCGAAGCCAGAGUUGGAAGAAAAGCUGAACGCACUGAACAUUCAGAAAGAAGAGUUAAAGAAGGGAAUACAGCGUGCUGGGGAAUCGAACUCGGUACAGGCUUCAAUCGCCAGAGUAGGUCAGGAGAUUCAGAAAAUUGAAUCUCACAUUACGGAACUAGGAAGAGAAAUGUAUAAUUGCUUGCGGUAAUGGCCUCUUGUCCCAAGGUCUUCAAUACGUAGGUAAAAAUUGAAUAAUUACAGCAAAUAACUUGUA